AAUCAAAAUAAAUUUUUUUAUAUUUUAAAAUUUUAUUUUGUGUUUUAUAAUUUUAUUUUAUUUUAUGAUAAUAAAAUAAUAAUUUUAUUGUUUUAUAAAAUAUUAAUUAAUUGUUUCACUAAAAACUUUACAAAAAACUUUAUAAACUUUAGUUAUAAUUUUAUUUUAUUAUAAAAUCAAUAUUUAUUUGUUUUAUUUUAAUUAAUAUUUUUUUUUGUUUAAUUAAAAGAUUAAUUUUCGAUGAUUAGGAAAAAAUGAAAAAAUAUCAAAGUGUCAUAAUAUACAGUAUAUUAAUUAUAUUUUUAGUGUUUUCAUCUUAUGUUCAAAUAAUAAAUUCAGAAGAAUUUAUAGCACGUGAUAGCGCUCAAGGUGAUGAAGUUGAGGAACCUGAUUCUGAUGAUUUACCACCUCCUCCACCAGAAACAUAUGGCCCAAAUAUAGUUCCACAGUUUGCACCACCUAAAAAGAAAACACUACCACCUAAAUCAACAAUAAAACCAAAAAUAACUUUAAAACCAAUUAAAACAUUAACACCAAAAUCAGUUACAAAAAUAACAACAACAUCUAAAGAUGGAUCACAUACACCAACUACAACUACUACUACUACCUCUAAAACAUCUGGUACAAAACCAUCUGCUACCUCAAAAACAACAACUUCAUUAAAAAGUGACGAACCAACUUCCACUGCAAGUAAAUCAACUAUAACUGGAAAACCAACACCAACUAUUUCAAAAUCAUCAUCAAAGCCUACUAAAGCCGAUGAGUCAUUAGAAACUGAAAAACCUAAAGCUACUAUCACUUCAAAAACUCCAAUAACAACUGGUGGUAAAUCAAAAACCACAACAACUAUGGGAAGUACAACAUCAAAAUUGCAUUCAUCAACACCUAGUCCUACAAAUAAAACAACCUCAAAACCAACAAAUAAAACAACCUCAAAACCAACCUUAGCAUCUACUACUAGUAAACCAUCAACAUCUACUGUUAAAACAACCUCAAAACCAACAUUAACAACCUCUACAGGGAAAGCUUCAACAACAUCAAAAUUACCAAUAACAAAGAAACCAGUUUCUAAAGGAUCAAAGGGUUCAGAAUCAUCAGAAGAAUCAGAAGAAGAAUUUUUCUCAAGCGAAGGUAAAAUACCAAUUCCAGAUAUUUCAGAUGAUGAACCAAUAGAUGGUGAAAACUCUGAAGAAUCAGAUGAUGGAGAUGACUUCUUAAUUAAAGAAUCAUCAGAAGUAACAACAAGUUCAAAGUUAAUAUCAUGUAGUGAUGAUGUUGUAGAUGAUAUGUCAACUGAUGGUAACUUUUUAAGUUCAAUUUCAUCAAUAUCAAAUAAUCCAUACUCAUGUACAUUAUUAAGUGAAAAUGUGCAAUAUACUAAUGCUGGUACCAAAAAGAUUAUGAAACUAACACUAGAUAAUGAAGGAUGUCCAAGCAAAUGUUUAAAUAAUAGUUAUACUUGUGCUGAGGUUGAAUCAACUCAAAAGCUUUCAUAUGGAACCUAUACUUUUAAUCUUGUACCAUCUCCAGCAACAAAUUCAAUCACAAAAGCAUAUAUUGCAUCGGGUGGUAAAGGUCAAUAUUCAGAUGUAUUUUUUAAAAUUAAUGGUAAUUCAACAAGUAUUACUUAUGGCUAUACAUAUUUUGGUGUAUUGGUCCAAUUUACUGACUCAUUACCAGGUGCGGAUUUCACUCUUUUUCACAACUAUACCUUUAUUUAUACAUCAACAGGUAUUUCCUGGUAUUUUGAUAAACUUUUAUUAAAGAACAAAAUAGAAAGUACCUAUUUUAGUAGUGGUGCUAAGAUUCCAGUCCCACCAAUGAACUAUUAUGUAUCACUUACCAACAACCAAGAAAAAAGUAUUUCAGCUACCAAACUACCAACCCAUGCCCAACUAUCCCUCUUUAAUUAUAUAUCUGCUCCAUGUAUUAAUGGCUCGAGUGAAUCAGAUUCUGAACUUUUCACUCAAUGGAACACCUCACCAAUUGGUUAUUUCAUUUCAAACUGUACAUCUUAUAGACCUAUAGAUAUCUACAACGACACACUACAGGGUAAUUGGUUAGAUAAAUCAAACACCAUGGUACGUGAUCCAAGUACACAGUUCGCAAGAAUCGGUACAAGUAUUGGCUUUGCUUUGAAUAGAGGUAAUGAUUAUUUCCGUUUACGUACCAACGAAACAUUCCCUGUUAGAAGACACAAAUACCUUUCAUUCUGGUUAAAUGGUGGCAAUUCAGGUAAACAAAGUCUUGUACUUUAUUUAACCUAUAACUCGUUACGUGUAGGUAUUGCAAAUAUUGGUGAUUAUUUAUUGGGUGGAAUAGAAGCUGGUGUUUGGUAUAAAGUUAUAAUUCCAUUAUUUCAAAUUCCAAUUAAUCCUUCAAAUGUUACCAAGAUCGAUGGUUUUAUGAUUCAAGGUACCAACAGUGAAUUUAUGGAUAUGGUGUAUUUGGAUGAUAUCCAAUUCUCAAACGGUACAGUGUGCAUGGAUUUAAAGAAUGAAACCAAUAUUAGCUAUUUCGAUAAAGGUGAAUUUUUAGGUGGUGCAAAUAAUACAUAUAGCUCCGGUAAUAUCAAUUUCAAGAGCAAAGCAUCUCUUUAUAGGGGAUACACAACUAUAGAGUUUCAAGUUUCAAGUUUUAACAAUUUAAUGAUAUCUUUGGAAAAUGGAACUUUAAACACAAAUCUAUAUGAUGGCUUUGUAUUCGAUCUUUAUUUUGAACCAGAUCCAAAUUAUCAGUUCCCUGGUCUUGAAAAUACAGAAUCAAAUGAGGACGUACUACGUAAUGUUCCUCCAAAACAAUUAAAUGCCGCUAUAUGUUUAGGUGAAGAGACUAUUCAAGCUCAGUUACCAUGCAUGGGAAUUACACAAUAUGUUGGAGGUGAAUUCCCAGCUAAUCGUUGGAUAGAACUAUCAAUUCCAUUCUUUGAUCUCUUUGCUUUUAAAAAUGCUUUAAUCACUUCAAUUCAGUUUAAAACAAAUAUACCAGAACAUCAAGGGUCUCUUUAUAUAGGUAGAAUUAUGGCUGCUCAUUUCGUACCACCAUUCCACGAGGCAGAUGAUGACAGUUCCUUUACAAUUUCAAACUUUAAUUUUAAUUUUAAUAUUUUAUUAAUUUUAUUAAUUAUUCAAAUUAUUUUAUUAUUAUAAAAAAUAAAUAAAUAAAUUAUAUUAUUUAUAAUUCG